AUGGUUCCUCCCCCCGCCGGCUGGCGCCAUCGUUUCAGUGCUCUCCAGGCCGUGUACGAGAGACACGUCAAAGGCGGCAAGUCGCCAUCCAUUGGCUCUCGACUCCCUCUUCCUCUUGACGCCCGCUCUAACCCGCCCCCAGUCCCACAGCCGCCGCUCCUCUCUGCCAAGGCCGCCGCCCUUCUGUCGGCUGCCUACGUCUUCACCUAUGUAAUUCCCUUCUACCUGUCGUCAGCGACCCGUCCGUCGCCCACACUCACGCGCGAUGCUCCCUCGUCGAUACGCGCCAGAGUCCGCGCCGUGACCUUGUCCACCCUUCUGUGCUGUGUCCUCACCGUCGUCGUGCUCCAUCAACAUGAGGCAUCCUUCUCGCAGAUCGUCAGCCUGCUCGGCCUGUGGCCCGUGUCGCCCCUCGACACCAUCCGCACAAUGCUUCUGGUCAUGAUACUCUUUGCUGGGCCUCUGUUCGAGCACGGCAUCGUAGAUGGAGAGUGGCGAGAGUGGAUACAGCUACACGGCCUGCGCGAGUCGUUGAGCAGCUGGAUCGGGUACAGGAACUUUGUAGUCGGUCCCAUCAGUGAGGAGCUAGUCUGGCGCUCCUUUAUCGUUCCUCUCCACGUUCUGGCCCACUUCUCUGGCAAGCAGAUCGUCUUCCUGACUCCCCUGUACUUUGGCAUCGCCCAUGUCCACCACCUGUACGAGUUCCGCAUCACCCACCGUGAGGUUCCACUAGUUGUGGCCAUUGCUCGCUCGCUCUUCCAGUUCACCUACACUUCGCUCUUUGGAUUCUUCGCCGCCUUUGUCUUCAUCCGCACCGGCAAUGUCUACACAUGUGUCCUGGCACAUGCCUUUUGCAACUGGAUGGGGCUUCCUCGCUUCUACGGUCGCGUGGGCGUCGAGGCCGGCGUACCCAUAGGGCCCCCAGACAUUGACAAAAAAGACGACGAUCAAAAGGGCAGGCCAGUGUAUCAAGGAAAAGGCAUCGGGUGGACUGUGGCCUACUACCUCAUAUUGGUGGCUGGUGCUGUGGGCUUUUACUAUCAGCUCUUUCCACUGACCGAGAGCAGCCAUGCUCUACCUGUGACGUUGACCAAGACUUAA